AUGACACCUUUACUCUCCAUCGCCUCGUCGUUUGUCCGCUGGAUUCGGCUGAAAAUCUAUCAAUAUGAAGUGACGUUCGCUGUCUACAUGCUUACUCCCACGGAAAAAUUCAUCUUCAACUCCAUCCUCCUCACUCUCAUCUCCAUGAUUCUCACUGCCAUCUACGUCUACCUCCCUGACCAUCUCAGAACCGUCUACAGCCAUCUAUACUAUUACUGGGCCGGAGAACGCCCGUUUAUCUCCAGCAAUCUGCCGUCACUUAGCUCGGUAUUCCGCGAGAGUGGAACUCAGGCUCUAGAGGUCGUGUAUGAAACGGCCAAAAGUGCUGCAGCGACGGGAGCUGAACCAAUUGCUGAGCUGUAG